GUCACGCAAAAGGGGGGCUGGAUGUUGGAGCGAGUGGAGGCACUGGGGGGCUUCCUGGACACUGCGGUCGAGUACCUGGGCGGGAAUGAGGGGACCUGCCGCUACACGUGCGGGAACGGAUCUAAACCCGAGCCUCGGCCGGGCUUCGUGUCUGCUCCGAACGGAUGUGGAUCUCCUGUCUUCGGAUUAUACGGCGAGGUGAGCGCGCUGGGCGGGGUGACCCGCUGCUGUAAUCGCCACGACCUCUGCUACGCGAGGUGCGGAGUCGCGCGCGUGGACUGCGACUUACGUUUCCGCCGCUGCAUGGGCCGCGUGUGCGACCGCCUCGACUGGGUGUUCAACCUCUUCACGCUCUCGCAAGGGAAGUGCGGCUCCAUCAUGGACGCCAUCCACGAGGGCAUGGACAACCUGGGCUGCCGACCUUUCAUGCUAAGCCAGAGGGAGGCGUGCGUGUGUGUGCCAAGCCACGGACCCCUGGCCUGAGCCUGACUCUACUAGCCCGACCUACUAAAUGAACCCCACUAGGCUGACCCUACUAGCCAGACCUACCAGAUUAACUCCACUAGGCUGACUCUACUAGCCCGACCUACCAGAUUAUCCCCACUAGGCUGACCCUACUAGCUAGACCUACCAGAUUAACUCCACUAGGCUGACUCUACUAGCCAGACCUACCAGAUUAACCCCACUAAACUGACCCUACUAGCCAGACCUACCAGAUUAACCCCACUAGGCUGACUCUACUAGCCAGACCUACCAGAUUAACUCCACUAGGCUGACUCUACUAGCCAGACCUACCAGAUUAACCCCACUAAACUGACUCUACUAGCCCGACCUACCAGAUUAACCCCACUAAACUGACCCUACUAGCCAGACCUACCAGAUUAACCCCACUAGGCUGACUCUACUAGCCAGACCUACCAGAUUAACUCCACUAGGCUGACUCUACUAGCCAGACCUACCAGAUUAACCCCACUAAACUGACUCUACUAGCCCGACCUACCAGAUUAACCCCACUAGGCUGACCCUACUAGCCAGACAUACCAGAUUAACCCCACUAAACUGACCCUACUAGCCAGACAUACCAGAUUAACUCCACUAAGCUGACUCUACUAGCCCGACCUACCAGAUUAACCCCACUAGGCUGACCCUACUAGCCCGACCUACCAGAUUAACCCCACUAAACUGACCCUACUAGCCAGACCUGCCAGAUUAACCCCACUAGCAUAAAAUGAGAUGUGAUAGAGCAAAUCUGAGAUCAGAUUUGGAAUCAGCACCCUGAAAUUAGUCUAAAACAGCUGCAAAAGUCCAGGCCAGAAUGAUUUUUGUUGUUGACCAGUGUAUAAUCCGGGACUGUUCUCACCCCGUUAGCAGGCGCAUCGCCUCCUUUGGCUGCCACUCCGCUGGUAGUCUCUCCCACCGGUCACCACCAUCCAUAAGCAGUCCCGGGGGUUGUAUUUCAAGCCUGCUUCUUUGCGCACUUUUUAGUUGGCGGUUUUUCUGUGUUCUUCGUCAGUGCUGGCUGUCUGAGUGAGCCACUGCUGGUUGAAUAUUAAAAUCGACUCGGAGAUUGUCCUGAUUCCCGUGUGCUUACACUCGCAUCCCAAUACCACGUUGACUUUUAACAACAACAACAACAACUAAAU